CGACUCUCCCGCAUCUGAUCCGCCUAACGGGAAGUCGAGACGGCUGCUGCAGCUUUCAUUGAAAAGUACUGCGAAAGGCGAGACUGCGACGCGUCACUGUCUUCGCCUCCAGCCAAAAUGAUCCACAGCCUCUUCCUGGUGAAUGCGUCCGGGGACAUCUUCCUGGAGAAGCACUGGAAAAGCGUGGUGAGUCGCUCAGUCUGCGACUACUUCUUCGAGGCUCAGGAGCGAGCAACCGAGCCAGAGAACGUGCCACCUGUCAUCUCCACGCCGCACCACUACCUCAUCAAUGUCCUCAGACAUCGCAUCUUCUUCGUGGCCGUCAUCCAGAGUGAGGUCCCUCCGCUGUUUGUCAUCGAGUUUCUGCAUCGGGUCGUGGACACCUUCCAGGACUAUUUUGGUGUGUGUACUGAGGCCGCCAUCAAGGACAAUGUGGUCGUGGUCUAUGAACUGCUGGAGGAGAUGCUGGACAACGGCUUCCCUCUUGCGACAGAGUCCAACAUCCUCAAAGAGCUCAUCAAGCCCCCCACCAUCCUCCGCACAAUGGUCAACACCAUCACAGGAAGCACCAACGUCGGCGAGCAGCUGCCGACCGGUCAGCUGUCUGUGGUACCGUGGCGCCGGACUGGGGUCAAAUACACCAACAACGAGGCGUAUUUUGACGUGGUCGAGGAGAUCGACGCCAUCAUUGAUAAGUCUGGGUCAACCAUCACGGCAGAAAUUCAGGGAGUCAUCGAUGCCUGUGUGAAACUGACCGGCAUGCCUGAUCUCACCCUGUCCUUCAUGAAUCCUAGAUUACUAGACGAUGUCAGCUUCCACCCGUGUGUUCGGUUCAAGCGCUGGGAAGCGGAGAGGAUCCUGUCCUUCAUCCCCCCGGAUGGAAACUUCCGUCUGCUCUCCUACCACGUCAGCUCUCAGAACCUGGUUGCCAUCCCUGUGUACGUGAAACACAACAUCACCUUCCGUGAGGGGAGUUCCCAGGGCCGCUUUGACUUGACCCUGGGCCCCAAACAGACCAUGGGCAAGGCAGUGGAGUCCGUGCUAGUCAGCAGCCAGCUGCCCAGAGGAGUGCUCAACGCGAACCUCAACCCCUCCCAGGGAACCUACACCUUUGACCCCGUCACUAAGUUGUUGUCGUGGGAUGUCGGAAAGAUCAACCCUCAGAAGCUUCCAAGCUUAAAGGGCACCAUGAGUCUCCAGGCUGGAGCGUCCAAGCCUGACGAGAAUCCCACCAUCAACAUCCAGUUCAAGAUUCAGCAGAUGGCCAUUUCAGGACUGAAGGUCAAUCGGCUGGACAUGUACGGCGAGAAGUACAAGCCUUUCAAAGGCAUCAAGUACAUGACCAAAGCUGGCAAGUUCCAGGUGCGGACAUGAGGAGCCUGCGUGGGACGACCCCUGGCGUGUUGUGUUGGUGUGACUGGAUCUUGGAGCAUUCCUUAUUUAUAAAAUCUGGACAUCGAGGGCAGAGCUAACAGGCCCAAACACUCGUCGUCCUCUGCAGAGAAAUAGGCAGAGCUGUCAAAUCCAUCCCUCAACUGCCCGAGGACAGUGAUGUUCGGGCCCCUCUGAAGCCACUCCCACUCAAGUGUUAGUAAAUCUACGUGACCAAAGUCAGUCCAGGACACAUCCGGCAGAUUUUAUUAUCAUGGUGUGAAAGUCCCUUUUAUUGUGGUCCUGGUUCGUCGGUAUCAUUUCAAGUGCUAUUUUUAACCCCCCUCUAUUUUAGGAUUAUUUUCAACUUUGCGUCAGAUUCCGUCUGCGGCGAGGAAUUUUAGCACUGAAGCCGUCCGAGUUUCUUACACCUGUGCUGGUCCCCCAAAUUUCAAUGAAUCAAAAUGUCUGUCCAUUUUUUUUGUUUUUGAUAAAUUAUUUUCAAGUUGUCUGUGUGUGUAAGACAGUGGCACCUGGUUCUUUUAGUUUUCCUCAGCAUCCAUGUUGAAAGACUGUCAUUAAGAAAGCGCCUUCCGUGCAAACGUCGCCAUGGCAACGGAAACACUGAGUGGAUUCUGAUACAUACACGUCGGUUGUCGCGUGCUGGAACCUUCCCACCGUCAUAUUCCGAACUCCCGCGGUGGCCACAGCAGCGGGUGGGUUGAAUGUGGAAAAGUGCUGUACUUUUGCUGUUGUUCCUUAUUAAACAGCCUCCAAUGGAGCGUUGAUGUAUAAAUAAAGAUGUGACGUGUUCAA